GUGACAAUGUGAUGGAUAGGGGAUGUCUGACUCCAUGGGAAAUCUGGCAGUGGGAUAUCCCCGAUCGGGAAGAGUUGGACUUUACAUCAUUCAGUAACCAUUCCUCUCACAGGCACUCCGAGGUCAUCAGCGGGGUCUCUCUGUCGUCGUUUGGAGUCCAGCUUCUGGUGGAGGUGGCUAAGUAAUCAUCUUUCAAGUCUCUUUUCAGUGUUGAGAAGAAGCUUUGUGAAGAUGGCUGAACAACAGACUCCACCUGUGAUGCCGCCUGAUAUGAGCAAACAAUCCCACUUCAUCAUUGGCUCACAGUCUGAGGAAAACUCUGAGGAUGAGAUCAGCCUGUUGGGAAAGCUGGAUCUGUUGGAGGAGAAAGAACGGUCAUUGUCCCCAGCUUCACUCAGUUCAGACACCCUCUCUGACCUGGGACUAGGGACUAUGGAUGCAGUGCAGAUGAGGCCUAGCAUGUCUGGACUGCAUUUAGUGAAGCAAGGCCGAGACAAAAAGAAGUUUGACCUGCAGAGAGAUUUCACUGUUGCCUCACCUGCUGAAUUUGUCACUCGUUUUGGGGGUACCAAAGUUAUUGAGAAGGUUCUCAUUGCCAAUAAUGGUAUUGCAGCAGUAAAGUGCAUGAGAUCCAUACGGAGGUGGUCCUAUGAGAUGUUUCGAAAUGAACGUGCAAUCCGAUUUGUUGUCAUGGUAACACCAGAAGACUUGAAAGCAAAUGCAGAAUACAUUAAGAUGGCAGACCAUUAUGUGCCAGUCCCAGGAGGCUCAAACAAUAAUAACUAUGCCAAUGUUGAGUUGAUUCUGGACAUUGCUAAACGCAUGCCUGUGCAGGCAGUGUGGGCAGGCUGGGGCCAUGCAUCAGAAAACCCCAAACUUCCUGAACUUCUUCUCAAGAAUGGAAUUGCUUUCAUGGGUCCACCAAGUCAGGCCAUGUGGGCCUUAGGAGAUAAAAUUGCUUCCUCGAUUGUAGCCCAGACUGCUGGAAUCCCCACCCUCCCAUGGAGUGGCAGUGGCUUGACUGUAGAUUGGCAGGAGAAUGAAUCAAAGAAGCCAUUUAUCAAUGUGCCCCCUCAACUCUAUGAUAAAGGUUGCAUCAGGAACAUCGACGAAGGGCUCAAGGCUGCUGAACAAAUAGGUUAUCCAGUUAUGAUCAAAGCUUCUGAGGGAGGGGGAGGAAAAGGCAUCCGAAAAGUAAACGGUGAAGAUGAUUUUCCAGCCCUGUUCAGACAGGUUCAGACAGAAGUUCCAGGUUCCCCCAUAUUUGUGAUGAAGUUGGCUAAACAUGCUCGCCACCUGGAAGUCCAAAUUCUUGCUGACCAAUAUGGUAAUGCUAUUUCUCUUUUUGGUCGUGACUGCUCAGUCCAGCGUAGACACCAGAAGAUUAUUGAAGAAGCACCAGCUACCAUUGCAACCCCUUCUGUGUUUGAGCAUAUGGAACAGUGUGCUGUAAAAGUAGCAAAGAUGGUUGGCUACGUGAGUGCUGGAACAGUUGAGUACCUUUACAGCCAGGAGGACAGCUUUUAUUUCUUGGAACUGAAUCCUCGUCUUCAGGUGGAGCACCCCUGUACAGAGAUGGUAGCUGAUGUGAACCUACCCGCAGCCCAAUUACAGAUUGCCAUGGGAAUUCCCUUACACAGAAUUAAGGAUAUCCGAAUGCUAUUUGGUGUUUCACCUUGGGGAGACUCUACUAUCGACUUUGAGAGUUCGGCCAAUGCUCCUUCUCCACGUGGUCAUGUGAUUGCUGCUCGAAUCACCAGUGAAAACCCAGAUGAGGGUUUUAAGCCCAGUGCAGGCACUGUGCAAGAACUGAACUUUCGCAGCAAUAAGAAUGUUUGGGGCUAUUUCAGUGUUGCAGCUGCUGGUGGACUUCAUGAGUUUGCCGAUUCUCAGUUUGGACAUUGCUUUUCUUGGGGAGAAAAUCGAGAAGAGGCAAUAUCAAACAUGGUCGUUGCUUUGAAAGAGCUGUCAAUCCGUGGUGAUUUCCGGACCACUGUUGAAUAUCUCAUUAAGCUACUUGAGACAGAGAGCUUCCAGCAGAAUAGUAUUGAUACAGGCUGGCUGGACCGGCUCAUUUCAGAAAAAGUGCAGGCUGAGAGACCUGACACCAUGUUGGGGAUCGUUUCUGGAGCUCUCCAUGUGGCAGAUGUAAGCUUUAGAAACAGUGUCUCAAACUUUCUUCACUCACUUGAAAGAGGGCAGGUGCUUCCAGCACAUACCUUGUUGAACACUGUGGAUGUUGAAUUGAUCUACGAAGGGAUGAAAUAUGUACUGAAGGUCACACGCCAGUCUCCAAAUUCCUAUGUGGUAAUUAUGAAUUCUUCCAGCGUGGAGGUUGAUGUCCACAGGCUGAGUGAUGGAGGUCUUCUGUUAUCAUAUGAUGGAAGCAGCUACACCACUUAUAUGAAGGAAGAAGUAGACAGGUACCGCAUUACAAUUGGCAAUAAGACCUGCGUGUUUGAAAAAGAAAAUGAUCCAUCCAUACUACGAUCCCCUUCAGCAGGGAAACUUAUUCAGUACACUGUAGAAGAUGGUGGCCAUGUUUUUGCAGGACAGUGCUAUGCAGAGAUUGAGGUCAUGAAAAUGGUGAUGACACUGACGGCAAGUGUCUCUGGUUGCAUUCACUAUGUAAAGAGGGCAGGGGCAGUUCUUGAUCCUGGCUGUGUGAUUGCAAAACUGCAACUGGAUGAUCCCAGCAGAGUACAACAGGCUGAACUAUUCACAGGUCUACUGCCAGAGAUACAGAGCAUGGCCUUGCAUGGGGAGAAGCUCCAUCAUGUUUUCCAUUAUGUUCUGGAUAGUUUGGUGAAUGUGAUGAAUGGAUUCUGCCUUCCCGAGCCGUACUUCAACAGCAAGGUUAGGAAUUGGGUAGAGAGAUUGAUGAAGACCCUCCGAGACCCUUCUCUCCCUCUUCUUGAGUUACAGGAUAUCAUGACAAGCAUCUCUGGCAGGAUCCCUCCAAAUGUGGAAAAAGCUAUCAAGAAGGAGAUGGCCCAGUAUGCCAGCAACAUCACAUCUGUUCUCUGCCAAUUCCCCAGCCAGCAGAUUGCAAAUAUUCUGGAUAGCCACGCAGCUACACUGAACAGGAAAGCUGACCGAGAAGUAUUUUUUAUGAACACGCAGAGCAUAGUUCAGCUCGUACAGAGGUAUCGAAGUGGCAUUCGAGGUCACAUGAAGGCUGUUGUCAUGGAUUUGUUAAGGCAGUACCUAAAAGUCGAGAUUCAGUUCCAGCACGGGCAUUAUGAUAAAUGUGUGUUUGCACUUCGUGAAGAAAACAAGAGUGACAUGACAGCAGUUCUGAAUUACAUCUUCUCCCAUGCUCAAGUUAUGAAGAAGAACCUACUAGUGACAAUGUUGAUUGACCAGCUGUGUGGCCGAGAUCCCACUUUGACUGAUGAACUCCACACCAUUCUAACUGAUCUUACUCAGCUUAGCAAGACCACCAAUGCUAAAGUGGCUCUCCGAGCACGGCAGGUUCUUAUUGCAUCACACCUGCCAUCCUAUGAACUCCGACACAACCAGGUGGAGUCCAUCUUCCUGUCAGCUAUUGAUAUGUAUGGCCAUCAGUUCUGCAUUGAGAACCUGCAGAAACUCAUCUUAUCUGAGACAUCCAUUUUUGAUGUUCUUCCCAACUUCUUCUAUCACAGCAACCAGGUGGUCCGUAUGGCUGCUCUAGAGGUAUACGUUCGUCGAGCAUAUAUUGCAUAUGAACUAAACAGUGUUCAGCAUCGCCAACUUAAGGACAAUACUUGUGUUGUAGAGUUCCAGUUCAUGCUUCCCACCUCCCACCCAAACAGAGGGAACAUCCCCACACUAAACAGAAUGUCCUUCUCCUCCAAUCUCAACAAUUAUGGAAUGUAUCACGUUGCUAGUGUGAGUGAUGUAUUGCUGGACACAUCCUUUACUCCACCUUGCCAACGUAUGGGUGCCAUGGUCUCCUUCCGAACCUUUGAUGACUUUGUCAGGAUCUUUGAUGACAUCAUGAAUUGCUUCUCAGAUUCACCUCCACAAAGCCCAACUUUCCCAGAAGCAGGCCAUACCUCACUGUACGAUGAGGAUACAAAGGGUGCAAACGAUGAACCAAUUCACAUCCUGAAUGUUGCUAUUAAGACUGACGGGGACAUAGAUGAUGAUGGACUGGCAGCCAUAUUUCGAGAAUUCACUCAACAAAAGAAAGGAGUGCUGUUUGACCAUGGAAUUCGACGUUUGACCUUCCUUGUUGCACAAAAGGAUUUCAGAAAACAGGUGAACUAUGAGGUGGAUCAGAGAUUUCAUAGGGAAUUCCCCAAGUUUUUCACUUUCCGUGCAAGAGAUAAGUUUGAAGAGGACCGCAUUUAUCGGCACCUAGAACCAGCACUGGCCUUCCAAUUGGAACUGAAUCGGAUGAGGAAUUUUGAUCUUAAAGCCAUUCCAUGUGCCAAUCACAAAAUGCACUUAUAUUUAGGGGCUGCAAAAGUUGCUGCAGGAAUAGAGGUCACUGACCAUAGGUUCUUUGUCCGUGCCAUUAUUCGGCAUUCUGAUCUGGUCACCAAGGAAGCCUCAUUUGAGUACUUACAGAAUGAGGGAGAGCGCCUGCUUCUGGAAGCUAUGGAUGAACUGGAAGUGGCCUUCAACAACACUAAUGUCCGCACUGAUUGUAACCACAUCUUUCUCAACUUCGUGCCCACAGUGAUCAUGGACCCAUCUAAGAUAGAGGAGUCUGUGAGAAGCAUGGUGAUGCGCUAUGGUAGUCGACUGUGGAAACUACGUGUUCUUCAGGCAGAGUUAAAGAUAAACAUACGGCUAACACCAACUGGCAAAGCAAUUCCUAUACGGCUGUUUCUGACUAAUGAAUCUGGCUAUUACCUGGACAUCAGCCUUUACAAAGAAGUAACAGAUGCUAGAACAAAUCAGAUCAUGUUCCAGGCUUAUGGAGAUAAACAGGGACCCUUACAUGGAAUGCUUAUCAACACCCCUUAUGUCACCAAGGACCUGCUUCAGUCCAAAAGAUUCCAAGCACAGACUUUGGGAACAACUUAUGUCUAUGACUUCCCUGAAAUGUUCCGACAGGCCCUGAUUAAUCUGUGGGAGUCCAUGAAUGUCCAUACACAUCUGCCAAAUGCCCCACUGCCCUCUGACAUCUUGACAUAUACAGAGCUGGUGUUGGACAGUCAGGGACAACUAGUGCAGAUGAACCGACUUCCAGGAGGCAAUGAGACUGGAAUGGUGGCAUGGAAGAUGACUCUGAAGACCCCAGAAUACCCAGAUGGCCGUGACAUUGUUGUUAUUGGCAAUGACAUCACUUAUAAAAUUGGAUCCUUUGGACCACAGGAGGACUUGCUGUUUUUGAGUGCAUCUGUGCUUGCAAGAUCUGAGGGUAUUCCUCGUAUUUAUAUAUCUGCAAACAGUGGAGCUCGAAUUGGAUUAGCUGAAGAGAUACGGCAUAUGUUUCAUGUGGCUUGGGAGGACCCUACUGAUCCAUAUAAGGGCUUUAAGUACUUGUACUUGACUCCUCAGGACUUUAAGAAAGUCAGUGCAUUGAAUUCGGUUCAGUGUGAACACGUGGAGGAUGAAGGAGAGUCCAGGUACAAGAUUACGGACAUCAUUGGUAAGGAGGAGGGGCUCGGAGUAGAGAACCUAAGGGGGUCAGGAAUGAUUGCUGGGGAAUCAUCUCUGGCCUAUGAAGAAGUCAUCACUAUGAAUUUGGUAACCUGCCGUGCAAUUGGUAUUGGUGCCUAUUUAGUCCGGCUGGGGCAAAGAGUCAUCCAGGUGGAAAAUUCUCACAUCAUCCUUACUGGAGCUGGGGCACUGAACAAGGUACUUGGAAGAGAAGUAUACACCUCGAAUAAUCAGCUGGGAGGGAUACAGAUCAUGCACAACAAUGGUGUGACGCAUGCAACAGUUUGUGAUGAUUUUGAAGGCGUCUGCACCCUUUUACAGUGGCUCUCCUACAUGCCAAAGAACAUAGGGAGCCUGGUCCCAAUCCUCAGCCCUAAGGACUCCAUUGACAGAGAAAUUGAAUUUGUCCCAACUAAAGCCCCAUAUGACCCUCGAUGGAUGCUGUUGGGGCGCUCUCAUCCAACACAGAAAGAUGUGUGGCUUAGUGGCUUUUUUGAUCAUGGGUCGUUCAUAGAGAUCAUGCAACCCUGGGCACAGACUGUAGUGGUUGGACGAGCCAGGCUAGGAGGAAUACCAGUAGGCGUGGUUGCUGUUGAAACUAGAACAGUGGAGUUAACAGUCCCAGCAGACCCUGCCAAUCUGGAUUCUGAAGCUAAGAUUAUCCAACAGGCAGGUCAGGUCUGGUUUCCAGAUUCUGCUUUCAAAACGGCCCAAGCAAUCAAAGACUUUAAUCGUGAAAGACUUCCCUUGAUGGUGUUUGCCAACUGGAGAGGCUUCUCUGGGGGAAUGAAAGAUAUGUAUGACCAGGUGCUGAAGUUUGGUGCUUACAUUGUGGACGGACUACGUGAGUAUCAGCAACCUGUUCUGGUGUACAUUCCUCCACAUGCUGAGCUGAGAGGGGGAUCGUGGGUUGUGAUUGACCCCACUAUCAAUCCACGACACAUGGAGAUGUAUGCAGACAGAGAGAGCAGAGGUGGCGUGCUUGAGGCAGAGGGAACAGUAGAAAUCAAAUUUCGAAAGAAAGACUUAGUGAAGACCAUGAGGCGGGUGGACCCUACCUACAUUCAUCUGGCUGAGCGCUUAGGUACACCAGAAUUGAAUGCCUCAGAGCGGAAGGAGCUGGAGAUGAAGCUGAAGGAACGAGAAGAAUUCCUGUUGCCCAUUUACCAUCAAAUUGCAGUAAGGUUUGCUGACUUGCAUGACACACCAGGAAGGAUGCAAGAAAAAGGAGUUAUUACAGAUGUGCUAGAGUGGAAGAGCUCCCGCACUUUCUUCUACUGGCGUUUGCGACGGCUUCUUCUGGAGGACACUGUCAAGAGGAAGAUUCAUGAAGCUAAUCCUGAGCUUACUGAUGGUCAGAUACAGGCCAUGCUGCGACGCUGGUAUGUUGAGGCAGAGGGAACCGUAAAGGCUUACAUGUGGGACAGCAAUGAGCAUUUGGUGGAGUGGCUGGAGAAACAGUUAACAGAAGAAGAGGGAGUGCGCUCAGUGAUAGAUGAGAACAUAAAAUGUAUUUCAAGGGAUUCCAUUCUAAAACAAAUCAGAAGCCUAGUGCAAGCAAACCCUGAAGUUGCCAUGGAUUCGAUUGUCCAUAUGACUCAGCACAUUUCGCCCACUCAGCGAGCUGAAAUUGUGCGCAUUCUUUCAACAAUGGACUCACCUGCCUCAACGUAAAGAGAAAAUCAUCCUUUCUAGUUUGAUCAGUGUUCUGUCUAGAAUGCAUCUUUUCCCUGCACUGCUGGAAACAAUGUACUGGAAUAUAACAACAGACUGAAUGGAUGGAUUGCCCAAACAGUUGGAUUCUUCUAGCUCAGUCAAGUAUUCUUCAACUAAAAGGCAAACGAGACGGAGAAUGUACUUAUUAGAAGGACUCUCUCAAAAUCAUAUGGUUGAAUUAAUUUAUUUAAUUAACAAAAUGUAAAUAAUGCACUGUAUUAAAAGGCUGUUUGACAGCCUUCAGGUACUUGAAAAGUAUUUAAUACACUGAUGUCUUGAAGACAAGUUUAGGACCUUUAUGCUGUUUUAAAAAAGCCUUUGUGUAUAAUGUGUACUGUUUUUAAUGCUUAUCAAAACAAAUAGUUGUAAAAGUAAGGCUACUCAUAUUUCCAAAUACGCAGAUUAGAGGAACACUAGCCCCCUUGUAUGAGUGUUUUACCAUAUUUUGUAUAAUUAUCUGUGGGUUAUAGCCAGUCAACUGAAAUACAUGGCAUCCCCCUUCCCUAUGGCCUUCUAAGACUAUCCUGUUUUGUCUGUUUUUAGAAUUUAGCACAACACUAAACCACUUGUAUGUCUGCUUUACCAUAUUUUGUGUAAUUAACUUUGGGUUAUAUCCAAUCAACUGCUGUACAUGGCCUCCCCCCUCCCCUAAGGCCUCCUUAGACUAUCCUGUUUCAUCUUUUUUUAGAAUUACUUCAUUUGUUUAAUUUCCUGGCACAAAGACCAAACUACUGUAAUGUUAUGCACCAGCAUUUUUGUGUACUGUUACCUACUGAACAUCUUGGUCUUACUGUAUAUGUAGAACUGAAGAGAACAUGCAAAGAGCAAGUGAUCAUCAGUAAAAGGAGAGAGGAAUUGACUGAAGAAGAUAACUGGAUCCUUUAGACCUGCACUAAAAGUACUGUUUCUGAAAUAUACAAACAUUUGGAAAAAUCAAUACCACAUUCCAGGGUUGGGAGACUAACUCAUACAUGUAACGCACAAGUGUCUACAGUAAAUAUUGCUUACUCAUCUAUCAUACUGUAGUAGCCUGCCUUGAAAAGGUACUGGUGUUAACCUAAAAGCCUAGUUUUCCAAAUAUGCAAAGGACUAUGAAACUGAAUGAGCUGAAGUCUAAGAAAGCAGACAGAAUCACUGGAAUCUGUUAGUAGUAAGCAAGUAUAAAUGUGUAAAAUAAUUUCUAAUACUAUAAGUUAUGUAUGUAUUUGACCAAAGCUUUAUUUUUCUUAAAAUGAAUUCUGUGAAAUGCUUCUGUGGCUUAAAAAAAUAAAAUGUGGAAGUCUUUAAGUAUAAUUUAAUCUGAAAUAUACAGAGGAACACAAGGACAAACUUCUAGUGUGCUCUGUAAUAGAAAGUGCCACAGUGCUGGUUUGUGCCAGUGCUGCACUAAUUGGAUUGUACUUCAAGUAUUGUUUAGUUUAAUUUUAUUUAAUAACCCAUAUAUCUAUUGUUUCUGUUAUUUUUGUUAAAUAACACAGGUGACAUUUCAAACAGGCUUUGAAGAAUUGUUCCACAGUAUUGUUAAAUUUUAAUACAGUGUGUUUUAUCAGCAGUACAAAGAAGAACAUGCAACUUUU